AUGAAGCUCUGCCAUGUUUUGACAUUCUUGGGGGCAUUUCUAACUUCAUUUGUUUUAGGGGGUCGAGGUGGUCUAGUUUCUUCUCUUUUAGGAGAAGUUUCUUCUGUUUUAGGACAUCUUCUAGUUGACAAUUGCUACCAGACAUCAUGUCCUCAAGCCCAGGAGAUUGUAAGAGAAAUCACGUGGAGCCACACGUCCAAGAAUCCUGCCUUGGCCGCUAAGCUUCUGAGAAUGCAUUUCCAUGACUGUUUCGUCAGGGGAUGUGAUGGCUCAAUAUUACUGAACUCGACCGCAGAUAAUACUGCCGAGAAGGACGCAAUUCCAAAUCUAUCACUGGCAGGUUUUGAUGUUAUUGACGAAAUCAAAAGAAAGCUCGAAUCAGAAUGUGAAAAAACUGUGUCUUGUGCGGAUAUUUUGGCUUUGGCAGCAAGGGAUGCUGUUUCUUAUCAAUUCGGAAAGUCAAUGUGGGAUGUGAAAACAGGCAGAAAAGAUGGCAAAAUUUCUCGAGAUACAGAAGCCUUGGCAAACCUUCCAUCCCCUUUGUCCAGUUUCUCAACUCUCAAACAAGGGUUUUCUAGCAAAGGACUUAGUGUCCGUGACCUUGUGGUAUUAUCAGGUGGACACACGAUUGGAAUCGGGCAUUGCAAUCUGUUCAGCAACAGGUUGUACAAUUUCACAGGGAAAGGAGACCAGGACCCUUCCUUGAACUCCACAUACGCUUCAUUCUUGAAAACUAAAUGCCCUAACCUUGCAGCCACAUCCCAGGUGGAUAUGGAUCCUGGAAGCGCUCAAAAUUUUGAUCCCCAUUACUUUGUUGGCCUAAAGCAGAACUCGGGGAUGUUCCAAUCUGAUGCCGCCCUCUUAACUGAUGCCGAGGCACGUCAGUAUGUGGAUCUCCUCGUCGAUCCAAAAGUGUUCAAUGCAGAAUUUGCCAAGUCCAUGUUGAACAUGGGAGCAAUACUCACAGGAAAUGCUGGAGAGAUUAGGCGAGAUUGCAGAGUAGUCAAUUCCUGA